AUCCAUCACAAGUACUUGUGAUUGUUUGGUUACAAAAUAAUUUGCUGAAGUUAUUUUGGUAAAGAUUAUUCAGAAGUUUGUGCUUAAACUCCUAUAAAAAUGUCUCAGUUAAAAACGAAUAAAAAAUUUAAGUGGGCAUUAGAUUAUAACCAGAAAAAUAAGGCAUCAAUUGAUUUACCUGCCCCACCGGGUUACAGUCAAUCUGCAAAUGCAAACUAUACUGAGACAUCAAAGGAUAGUGAUUCCAAUUUACUUUUAAUCAAGAAACUAUGGGAUGUUGCUUUGGGACCUCUCAAACAAGUGCCGAUGAACUUGUUUAUAAUGUAUAUGGCAGGAAACUCAAUUUCUAUUUUCCCCAUAAUGAUGGUUGGAAUGUUAAUUGUUCGACCUGUGAAAGCACUGUUUUCAACACAAAGUACAUUUAAAAUGGUGGAAGGCUCACAGGCCAUUGGUCAAAAGUUUGUAUAUGUCAUCGGGAAUAUAGUAAAUAUACUGCUGGCUCUUUACAAAUGCCAAAGCAUGGGUUUAUUACCUACACAUUCUAGUGAUUGGUUAGCAUUUGAAGAACCAUUGACACGAGUUGAGCAUAUUGGUGGUGGUCUGUCAUUGCUAUAAUCUAGAGGGAACGAAAACAUCAUUAUUUAUAUUGUUAAUUUAUUAUGAUUACUAUUGUGAACUAUUAUUACACAGUAUGUACAGUGAC